AUGCUCCUAAAGUGGUCCACGCGCUGCUUUCGUCGCACCCUUGCGUUGCGGCUGGGCAGCAUCCUGGCCGGCCGUGGCCAGUUCCGGGACAAGGCCACUUUCUUAACUUGGUGGAAGACCAACCUGGCCGACCUGUCGACGCUGCUGUUCAAGGUGGAGGGCGGCCAGCCCUGCAGGGAGGAGAUGAUGCAGUUUGUGUUCAAGGCGGGUAAACUCAACCUGCUGCUUGCUCCCCACCCCGCUGCGUGGCCCUACGCGGCGGUGCAGCUGCUGCUGCGCAUGAACACCGUCUACGCUUCCACCCUGCUUACAGAGGUAUGGUUGUCUGAGCUGAUGCGGCUCAACAUGGACACCAACGAGGUCGGGGAGCCACCCCAAGAGGUGUGGGUGAAGGCAGCCGAGUGCAUGGCCCUCACACCUGACCAGGCGAUCCUGUACUCAGUCAUAAACGACUGGUGGAAGGCCGAGGGCGUGCGGCUGCGCUGCCGGCCGACCGAGGUCGUGGCGGACGCGCUGGCGCAGCCCUACGACCUGUGCGCCCAAGAGGAGGCUGUCCUGGAGGUGCAGACUGUCAUGUCGAGGUACCGCGUCUCGGCCGUCACGGCCAUGCUGUUCCUGUGCACCGCCAUCCUGACACCCGAGCAGCUGGCCAACCUGCACGUUUCCUGCUACCCCUACUUUCCCGUGAUGGACGCCCUCGUCGACGCGCUGAAGCGGCGGCGACCGGGGGACGCCGCGGCGUGA